AUCAAGGCUAAACUUUAUCGCAGAUCUAAAUUUUGUAGCUAAUCUCAAGGAUGCUUCCCGUAUGCAAUUUACUUAGGUAGAGACUUUGAGGAUAAAUUGUGUAAUUAAGGAUUUACAUCUGUAUUAAAAAGCAGUAAACGAUCUGUUUCCUUGGACGUCAAUACUAGGAUAGAUAGAAGUGCUGUCUCACUCACUCGUCUCCAUAUCUACCCCUCCAUACAGGUUUGCCCCUCAUCAUGUCCUGGAACAGUCUCAAGACUUCAACAACAUUUAAAUGACACCUACCAGCCCAACAACCAAUCUACCCCUUUUGGUAGUCUAGCGGCUAGAUAAAUAUCUGGCCAUCUAAUUCCGCCAUCCCGCGCGCCGGAUCUGCAGGCUUUCAUUCUACUCUCCCGAGUCUCGAGUCUCCUCCCCCUGUUCUAGACGAUUUUAGUCGCCGUGCCAGCGCCAACAGCCAAUUGCACGUUUCUCGUUAGACGUCUCCAGUCGUCGCCGUCACCUUUACAGUACAAAACAAGCCCGAUGCGACUCGCUACCAGCCCAUUGCAUCUGGCUAUCCUCUCCUCUCCUCUUCCGCGUCGCGAUUUCAGCUGCAGACCUUCUUGUAUAUUUUUCAUUUCGAGUGCUUAUCGAACUGCUGUCAGACAGCUGGUGGCGAGAAGCUUAGUCUAUCGUGUCUACAAAUACUUUCGGACUUUACGCUUUUGUAUCGAAGAAAGCGCCGCAGUAUUGCCAUCGCAGCCAGCCAGCGCCUAGUUCUUGAGUGCAGGUUCAGGUUAGGUUCCGCUCACCAUUCGCCUUGGUGAUUACGGCAUAUCUCCCCGACCUGGCCAAGCGUCUGGUCGAGUCGAUUUAGAUCAACAUCAGGAUUCUGUGCCCGAGUGCCUUUCAGUGCGCCAGAGCAAGGAAAGGAGAGGAAAGGUGAAAAGAAGAAGAAGAAGUUUUGUGUUGUCAGGUUCAAUUUGCAGUGGCAUAUCCAGUUCCAGUUCCAUUUCCUGAUCUGCCGCCAAUCCAAUCCCACGCCAUACCAGGAGAGUUGCGCCGGGGGGACCGAAUACUUUCCGCGCCCGCGCGUCAUAGGUAACCUUACGGUCUGGUCUGUAUUGGAGUCGAGAAACAGUGCAGUGCAGUGCAGCGCAGCGCAGCGCAGCGUAGACCAGACGGUAGCAGGUCGGAUAGCCUCAGCCCUCCCCAUCAAAGUCUCCUCCUUCCGCUGCGACAUUUAUCUAUCUGCCCUCACAUCUCGAGAUACCUGCCGCAACUAGGCCAGACCAGACCAGACCAGACCACACCAGACGUUCCUUCGCGCCUGGAGCAGCUGCAGCCCGCAAUACCCUCCCCCGAUUUUCAUAUUGACUCGCAUCAGAAGGAAAGGCAGUUCCCCCUCCAGCCGACAAACCCCCCCCAACCCAAACCCAAGGAAGGACCCCGCCUCGCCAAAACCAAACCAAACCAAACACCACGGGCACCGCACCGCACCGCACCUCAAGAUGAACGGAUCGUCGAUAAAAGAAGCCGCCAUUAAAAAGGCCAAAUCCGUCGCAAACUCUGCCAAUGGAGGAGGGAACCAAGUCAACAAGAAGCGCAAGAAGGAGCUGAAGCCCAUAAUUACGACAGAGGCUCAGCAGCACGAUGCUGAGGGAGGCCCGAUAGCCAUGGCAUCGAAUCAAGAGUCUGCAGGGUAAGUCACUCUUCGAUUCACCUCUUCUUUGACUUCUACACUACUUAUACCUACGACCCUGCCACCCUGCGACCCAGAUCUAUCAACCACCAUCUUCCAACGCCCUGCUGUGCUCUGCGCAAGCAUUUCCUCAGCAUCGUUGCCAUCAAGAUGACCCAGUUCAACAUUCUCCACAACCAUCUCCACAAUGUCGUCGCUGCUCAAAAACUUGCUAACCACAACCAAUAAUGGCAAUAGAUCCGCUGGCGCAUCGAACUCGAGCUCCAACUCCAAAUCAGCAGCCAUGAACAACAAUCGCUCGCCUUCCUCGUCGUCGCGGGAAGAAGCCGCCGAGACGACUGCCGACGAAGAAGAUUCCGAGGAUUACUGCAAGGGCGGCUAUCAUCCCGUCCAGGUCGGCGAGCAAUUCAAGGAUGGGAAAUACACCGUGGUUCGCAAGUUAGGCUGGGGGCACUUCUCGACCGUCUGGCUAUCAAGAGAUAAUGUUACUGGGAAGCAUGUGGCGUUGAAGGUGGUACGGUCUGCCGCGCAUUACACCGAAACGGCCAUAGACGAAAUCAAGCUGCUCAACAAGAUAGUCGCCGCCAAACCUGAUCACCCAGGACGGAAGCACGUCGUCAGUCUGCUAGACUCUUUUGAACACAAAGGACCUAAUGGCACACACGUCUGCAUGGUCUUUGAGGUUUUGGGUGAGAAUUUACUGGGCUUGAUUAAGCGGUGGAAUCAUCGUGGGAUCCCGAUGCCUUUGGUUAAGCAGAUCGCCAAGCAAGUUCUUCUCGGCCUGGAUUAUUUACACAGAGAGUGCGGCAUUAUACAUACAGAUUUGAAGCCGGAGAACGUGUUGAUUGAAAUUGGAGAUGUGGAACAGAUCGUCAAGACAUACGUCAAGGAGGAACCAAAGAAGGAGAAUAAGGAAGAGAACCCAAAUGGACGAAGAAGACGUCGGACACUUAUCACUGGCAGCCAGCCUUUACCAAGUCCAUUGAACGCUACAUUCAACCAUGCAGAUUUGAUGAGAUUUCCAGGUAGUUCUACCAAUUCUCAUACAAGUCUGAACCAGAUGAUGCACGAAGGUAAUCCAUCUCCCGUCAAGGACGCGAGCGUUGCCCCCGAUGAAGAGCCAGUCGUAAUGAGUGGUGCUAUAGGAGGUUCCAAAGACCCAUCCGCCCGGGCGAAGAGUGAAAAGGAGGACGAGGAAAAGCACAAGCAACGAGAGAAGACUGCUGACAUCCUCACCCGCGAAGUUUCUGGUAUUUCCCUGGAUAAAUCCUCAUCACAAGAGAAGAAGAAAGAAGAGCCGACUGGUUAUGAAAAGAUAUCGGUAAAGAUUGCAGAUUUGGGUAAUGCGUGUUGGACAGGACAUCACUUCACAAACGAUAUUCAAACAAGACAGUAUAGAUCACCGGAGGUAAUUUUGGGAUCGAAAUGGGGUGCCAGUACUGAUGUUUGGAGUAUGGCUGCUAUGGUUUUUGAGUUAAUCACAGGCGACUACCUUUUCGACCCACAAUCCGGCACUAAAUACGGCAAAGACGACGACCACAUCGCCCAAAUAAUCGAGCUCCUCGGCCCCUUCCCCAAAUCCCUCUGCAUGUCUGGCAAAUGGUCACAAGAGAUCUUCAACCGCAAAGGCGAGCUCCGCAACAUCCACCGCCUACGCCACUGGGCACUGCCCGACGUCCUCAAGGAGAAGUACCACUUCAAAGACGAGGAGGCCCGCAAGGUCGCUGAUUUCUUAACACCCAUGUUAGAGCUCACACCAGAGAAGAGAGCUAAUGCUGGUGGGAUGGCGGGCGCUGAGUGGUUGGAGGAUACGGUUGGUAUGAAGGGCGUUAGAAUUCCGGGACUGGAGGUUGGGAGUAGAGGGGAGGGGAUUGAGGGGUGGGCUUGUGAGGUUAAGAAGCGGUGAUUUGCGUGAUUG